AUGUUCAUUAUCAAAAUCCUAAAGAAAUCCUUUCAGAACUCAGCUCUGUGCGCAACGGGUGCCAUAUGGACACGAUACUGUCUGGUGAUCACACCGAUCAAUUACUAUCUCAGUAGCGUGAACUUCUUCGUUAUGUGCAGUGGAUUGCUGCAGUUAUGCCGGAUUGCACACUACAGAUAUACUAACCCUGACUGGGAGCAGAAACAACAUUCCCCACAAGUAGAAGAAUUGUAG